AUGGCCUUACAUGGAGCUUCUUCUUCUCUCUCGUCCUCUUCUUUCAUCCAUCCGUGGACUCACGAUGUAUUCUUAAGCUUUAGAGGUAAAGAUGUUCGUCAAAAAUUUAUUUCUCAUCUAUACCAUGCUUUGUAUAAAAGGGGAAUCAACACUUAUAUAGAUGACGAGCUCGAAAGAGGAGAGGAAAUUUCACAAGCACUUUUUCAAGCUAUCGAAGGGUCAAUGAUUUCCAUCAUUGUACUAUCUAAAAACUAUGCAGAAUCCAGAUGGUGCUUGAACGAACUAUUGAAGAUCCUUGAGUGUAUGGAAACAGUAAAACAAAUUAUUCUACCAAUAUUUUACGACAUAGCUCCAUUAGAUGUAAGACAUCAAAGAGGAAGUUUUGGAGAAGCAUUUGCUAAAAUUAAAGACAGAUCCGAGGGCAAUGAAGAAGUGCUGAAGUGGGAGGCAGCUUUAGAAAAACUAGCCAAUAUGUCAGGGGUCGAAUUAAAGAAUUACAGGAAAGAGUCAGAAUUUAUUGAGGAAAUCAUUCAAUGGGUCAACUCAAGAAUAGUAAGCCAAACACCUCUAAGUGUUGCCAAGUAUCCAGUUGGGAUAGAGUGUCGUAAGCGAGACAUUUAUCAACAUUUAAGUAUUGAAAGGAAUGAUAUUAUACGUAUUGUAGGGAUAUUUGGAACCGGUGGAAUUGGUAAAACGACUAUUUCAAAAUAUAUCUAUAACCAGAUUUACUCUCAAUUUGAAGGAAGUUGUUUCUUGAAAAACAUUAGAGAAACUUCAAAACAAGUAGGAGGUUUGAUUAAGCUGCAAGAAAUACUUCUUUUCGAGAUCUUAGGGGAAAAACUGGAUAUUUAUGAUGCUGAUAGAGGAAUGAAUGUAAUUAAGCAUAGACUUUGCUCUAAAAGGGUUCUACUAAUUCUUGAUGAUGUGGAUGAGUUGGUCCAAAUUGAAAAAUUAGCUGGAGAUCGUGAUUGGUUUGGUUUGGGAAGUAGAAUUAUCAUGUCAACAAGAGAUAAACAAUUACUAAAAAUCUUUGAAGUUGACUCAGAAUACGAGUUGAAGCUCUUGGAUGACAAUGAAGCUCUUCAGCUCUUAAGCUUGCAUGCUUUCAAGAAAGAAGAACCACUUGAUGAGUAUGUGGAACUCUCUAAACAAGUAAUAAAAUAUGCUCAGGGCCUUCCACUGGCUUUAACAAUGCUAGGAUCGGAUCUAAAAGGUCAAAGUAGACCUCAAUGGAAAAAUGCAUUGGAAAAGUAUAAAAACAUUCCCCACAAAAAUAUUCAGAGUGUACUUCGAAUAAGUUAUGAUGAUUUGGAAGAUAAUGAGAAGGAAAUGUUCCUUGAUAUUGCCUUUUUCUUUAAGGGAGAACCAUUGGCUAAUAUUAGGAAAAUAUUUGACAGUUGUAAUUUUUUUCCGGAUUAUGGUAUUGACAGGCUUAUAAAAAAGUGCCUCAUUACUAUUGAACAUAAAAAUGUUUGGAUGCAUGACUUGCUACAAGAUAUGGGUCGAGAAAUUGUUCGACUAGAAUCACCCCUUGAACCUGGUGAACGUAGCAGACUUUGGUUUCACAAGGAUAUCCGUAGAGUGUUGGAAGACAGCACGGGUACGAACAAAGUUGCAGGCAUGAUAAUAGAAAUGCCUGAAGGUGAGGACGAUGUGGUAAGCUUGGAUCCUGAAGCAUUUGUACAGAUGAAAAGACUUAGAGUACUUAUCAAUUGUAAUGCUAGCUUUACAAGUGGACCAAAUUAUCUCUCCAAUGAGUUAAGAGUACUUGAUUGGUUUAAAUAUCCACUACAAUCUUUGCCACCUAAUUUCUAUGGAAAUAAACUCAUUAUCUUUAAAAUGCGUGGUAGCUUCAUCAAGGAGUUAAGCUUCAUCAAGUUUAAGAAUCUGACAAUUAUGGAAUUCAGUGAGUGUAAUUUUUUAACAAAAGUUUCAGAUGUUACAAGCAUCCCAAAUUUGAAGGAAUUGAUUGCCCCAAGGUGUAGAAGUUUAGUUGAGGUGCAUGAUUCUGUUGGAUCCCUAGAGAAUCUUUGUCAAUUGGAUUUUUCCGGAUGCUCUAACCUCAGAAUUUUUCCAGCAAGCCUCAAGUUGAGAUCUUUAUGCACCCUUUAUCUUAAUCAUUGCUCAAGCCUUCGUAGCUUUCCUGAAAUUGGAUGUGAAAUGAAGUCUUUAACUACAUUAGCUCUAUCGGGCACUGUAGUGGAAGAACUACUAUUAUCAAUUGGCAAUCUUACUAGACUUGAUGAAUUACUUCUAUCUUCAAUAUUUGGUGAUUGUAAAAAUCUAGUAAGGAAGAUGGGGUAUGAUAGACAAUCCAUUCUAGCUAUUGGGUCUACAACAAUGGAAGAUGAGAUUUCAUCGAAUGAAGAACAACUCCAGGAAUUGGCGCCUCCAACGAAUUCAAGCAAUGGAAGUAGUGCAUUACAAGUGUUGAAUCAUCAGAAUUGUUUCCAAUCAAAAUCAAAUUUCUUUUCAAUAUCAAGUUUCUUUACCACUUUGACUUUUUUAAAUCUAUCAAGAAGUAAAUUUGUUAGCCUUCCCACGAGCAUCAAAGGACUUAUUGUACUUAAGCAGCUCUACUUAUGUUAUUGCAAGAAACUUGCAGAAAUCUUAGAACUUCCACCACAUAUAGGAUUUGUAGAUGUUAGGGAAUGCAAGUCGUUAAAAAGAUUUCCAGAAGUAUCAAGAAUAACGGAAUUCAAUGUGAGCCACAUUCAAUCUCUACGUUGCAUUCGCUUGCAUGGUUGCGACAAAAUGGAUAAGAUUUGGAAUUAUAAAAUGCCAAAUCCAUUACUGUGGAAGGGACAUUAUGAUGCCAUUGUGGAUAGGGGGGAUGAAGAAUGGAUAAUAAAUAUUGAGGGGCCACACCAUUUGGAGGAUAUAAGCGGAAUUGUGCUGUAUGCCCUUAUGGUUUUUAGAGAUCCUAAUAUUUUUGACGAUUAUAAGAAUGUUGCGAAUCAUUAG